UUCAGACAAAGCCUUCCCCACAUCCCAUUCCCCUGUCUUAUAUCUCUUUCCUUUGCCUUUUGUCCUAAUCACCAGAAAGCCUCCCACCGCACAAACAACCGAAUCAUGUCGGACUCCGACGAAGACGGUGGCGAAGAGUACCUUUUCAAGAUAGUCAUAAUCGGAGACUCAGCCGUCGGCAAAUCCAACCUCCUUUCGCGCUACGCUCGAAAUGAAUUCAACCCGCAUUCCAAGGCCACCAUCGGCGUCGAGUUUCAGACCCAGAGCAUGGGAAUCGACGGAAAAGAAGUCAAGGCUCAGAUUUGGGACACCGCCGGUCAAGAAAGGUUCCGUGCCGUCACCUCGGCUUAUUACAGAGGCGCUGUCGGUGCUCUCAUUGUUUAUGACAUCAGCCGUAGAACAACAUUCGAUAGUGUCGCUCGUUGGCUUGAUGAACUCAAGACUCAUUGUGAUACGACGGUGGCAAGGAUGUUGGUUGGCAACAAAAGCGAUCUCGAAACCAUCCGAGAUGUGAGCGUCGAAGAAGGCAAGACCCUAGCUGAAGAAGAAGAUCUGUUCUUCAUGGAGACAUCUGCUCUAGAUUCAACGAAUGUCAAGAAGGCAUUCGAGCUUGUCAUACGAGAGAUUUACAACAACGUCAGCAGGAAGGUACUGAACUCAGAUACUUAUAAAGCUGAAUUAACCGUCAAUCGGGUAAGCCUUACUAAAACAGAAACCGAUGCAUCGAAGCAAACCCGGAAUUUUUCUUGCUGCUCCAGCUAAGAUCAGGUUCUUUCAGAAGUUGUACAAGAUGAGCCCUUCCUGUACUUUUCCGAUUCGAUUUGGUCAGUUGGUUCGUUUUUCUUCGUGUUAUACGGAUGGAUACGUGUCUUCCGGGAUUCGUUAUUACCGAACAAGAUUGUAUCAUAUGGUUAAAUUAUGUCUUCGUGUUUUCUGAUUACGAGGUUUACCUGCUUAAAGUGAAGCAGGCUGCCAUAUUUGUUCACAUUGUAUUACUAUAUGUUUAGAACUUGAUAUCUUGCUAUCAGUCAUUAUUUCUAGUAGACAUUGAUGGCAUGUUAUAUUUCAUUACU